AAAAAUUGAAGGUUAUUAAAUUUAUUUUAAACAAGUUUUGUUAUUUUAUAAAAUGAUGUUCAAUCAUUAUUAUCAUUGUUAUUGUGUCCAAAUAAAAUGUCAUUAAAUGAUUUAGACAUAUCCGAAUUUUUAAACAACUACAAAACCAAACUAAAAGAAGAAAAAGAACGUCUUGAAUCACACUUCCAGUCGAAAGAUAAUAAUACAACUUCCGAAGUGCAAAAUGGAGCUGAGGAGGCUGUGAAUAAUAUAAGAAAAACUUCCAACAUUAACCCUGAAAAAUCAACAGUCGCUUUCAAUCAACAAAUCAAUCAUCCAACACAGAAGCCAACAAAAGCAUCAUCGAGUAAUAGUGAAAAUAUUUCUAUGUUACGAAAAGAAACAAGUAAGGACAAUAAAGAGAAUGAUUUAAAGGAAGAUCAAGCGUUUUUUGGAUUUGGUGAAUAUGAAAAACGACGACAAAAAUUCUUAGAAGAAAGGCGUUUGGAUUAUAAAGAAUAUUUAGAAAAGCAAAAACAAAACUAUUUACAUAAACCAAAAAAGAAUCGGUCUAAAAAAGAAACACAAUUUAAUGUAGAGGAUGUUUUCGAUAAACUUAACUCAACGGAUGUUAAUUUAAAUUCUAAUAUAAAUCGUCUUCAAGAAUCAAAAAGUGUUCAAACCGAUAUUCCAAAUGUUGAGCUACCAAAAUCUGAUGUUCCGCCUAGUAAUAUUUUUGAUAUAAAUAAUAGUGUAUCUGACGAAAAUAGUGUAAAGAGUAGUGAUAACGAAUAUUUUGAUAUGAAUGCUACCCGUCCGAAUCAAUUGGCUGUUAAAAUUGAUAAAGUACAAAUUGGUACACAAAAUAUUAUAGUACCUGGUUACCGUAGUUCUUCGAUCGAUUCAAGUAAUGGAUUUGCACGAGACACCAGUCCUAAAGCACGUUAUCUUGCCGAUUUAAAACACACAUAUUUUCCAAGUUUUACGAAAACCAAUGAAAACCCAGCUGAUAAUGAAGAUUAUCUAGAAAAAAAAUUAAAAUGGGAAAAGGCACGCCAGCAUGAAAAAUAUCAUGAAGACUUACGAAAACAAAUCGAAGAAAAGCAAAGAAUUGCGUUAGAAAUUGCUGAGCGAGAAAGGUGUCAAGAAGCUGCACUCACAAGGCGUGUAGAAAAGCAAUUACAGCAACUUAGAAUGGAACAUGAAGAUGAAAAAGCUAAGCAAGCUUUUGAAGAAAACUAUCAGCGAUAUACUGAAAAUAAAUGGAAUGCAACAAAAAAUUCACAAAAACGAGAUAUUUAUAAUUUUAACAAUGUUCCCUACGAUCAAAACGUGAAUGGAUUCUAUCAGCCACACAAAACAAAAUCAGAAAAUUCGUUAAUAAAUAAAUCGAACAAUAAUAAAGUUCCGUACUCAUUUAAUAUACCUGAAACAUCCAUUUUUUCAACGGCAUCAACUAGUAAAUUGAAUAAAGAAAAUCGCUAUUUUGAGGAAAUGAAAAGAUUCGAAAAUUAUUCUCAAGAAGUAAAUAGAAAUAGUAGAAGAAAUGAUACAAAACAAAAAACGAUUCUGGAUGAUUCAUUCCCGGUACCUAUUUUACGAGCGCAAUCGCCACCUAAUAAUAAUUCAAAAUAUACGAAUAUCAAAGAAACAAAUACACCAAACAGUCCAGCAAUGCAGCAAGUUGAAGCUAAAUGGAUGGUACCAGCUGUCCAAAAGAAUAUUGUUAAAAGAUCCAAUCUACCAUCAAUUGGGGAAAGUAAAAAUGUAUUAACACAAUUGGGAGCCAUUCGAUUGCAACUACAACAGGAGCAGUUACGAUUAAAUCAAACUCUAAAGAAUAAACAAACAAAAAAUACAAAAUAAACGUAAUGUCAUACCAAAAGAUAUCUUAUGAACAAACAAAAAAAUCAGUAUAAAACAUCUGCUAGUGAAUUUGGGCGAAUCUAUUCUUUUUUUUAUACGAAAAAUUUUAUUUUUGUGAUGCAUUCAAAGAUAAUUUUGAAAUUAAAUAUCAAAGGAUUUCUUUGCACAGUUUGUACAUAAAAAAAAAAAUGUUAUGUAAAAGAUUAAAAGUGCCUGACUAGAAAAUAUAUCGGGUGUCACAAAAGUAAUAGAACGGUCCAACUGUUCAAGAACUUUUAAUUACUUCCAAGGUCUACGUCAAAGUAAUUAGUUUCCAUUCAUAUAAUUUGUAGGACCUUCCGUAGUCAUUUCAAGGUCACACUAUUACGCUCUCUAAAUAAAUUUUUAAACUCUUGAAAAUUUUGUUUGAAACAUUUUUCAAAAAAAUGCUUUUAUGGAAAUUUUGUGAACCGUUUCGUUACUUUUGUGACAUAUUGUACCUCUAUACACAAACAGAGCUUUAAUAAUUCGAAUUAUCAUUCUAUCAUCAUGGUGCUAUCAAUUAUUAGUAAAUCUUAUUAGUCGAAGCUCUAUUACAAACAAUGAACAAAAACGAUAAUAGU